CUAUUUCAGGUUUGAUCAUGUUCCCAACUCAGUGUGUGUGGAUGGAAAGAGGCUGCGGCAAUCUGCAAUGCCUGUUGACCCCAUGUCCAAGGUGCUCGACGAUGAUAACCUUCUCAUCGAGAUCCUCCUGCUAAUCGGCUACCCCACCACCCUCAUCUGCGCUGCUCUCGUCUGCAAACGUUGGUUCUGUCAUGCCUCUGACCCUGCCUUCCUCUGCCGCUUCCGCAAGCUCCACCCUCCCCGCCUCCUUGGCGUAUAUUUCAAGACCAGGGCGAACCACUCACGCUUUGUGCCGAUGCUACCACAGCCCCCAGAGAAUGAUGCAGUCAUCAGCUGCGCAAGCUCCGUGGAUGCACAUAAACUCAUGUUGGAUGACUGGAAUGACAUCAUCUUCACCAAAACAUUUAACAACUGCGAUGAAGAACCCGGAUGAAUACAUAUAGUGCGCAACCCGCUCUGCCCUGCAAGAGGCAUGGUUAUCGUACCGCCAUUCCCAUGCUACGGACACCAGGACGGCUAUUUCUACGAGUUCUGUAAACUCCUAUUCGAAGAAGAAGGUGACGGCUUGUCAUACUUCUAUGUGCAGAGUGAACUUUCUAAUGAUGGAAGAAAAUCUACGGUGUAUGUGUAUAUGUUGCAAGAUGGUGUUUGGUGCUUGCAUACCUCACCAACGACACAGCUUCCUUGUCGGCCACAGAUACUGAAUUCUUUGCUUGUUGACAAUAAAAUCUACAUGGCGGCCACCCAAACUGAAAUUCUUGUGUUGGAUUUGACAGCCUCAAGUUUCUCCACAUUUCAGGUCCCACAAGGGUUGGUUAUUGGUUACAAACGAACCAUGUUGUCACGGGGAUAUGAUAAUUCUGGUGUGUAUCUCAUUCAUUUGAACGGGCUUCAGCUUUGCAUCUGGCUACGCACAGGAGACAACUGGUUGCUGGUGGAUACCAUUUGCUUGCGUGAGAUGUAUGCUAAAUUGAUGAUGCCUGAUCUUACAAAUUGGGUGUGGAUAAAUCAGGUGGGGGUAAAUGCUGAGUUUGUUUUCUUGAGGAUGGGUCGAUGCCUAGUCUAUGUGGGUAUCAAGUGCAGGAAGUUGUGUAAAGUCUAUGAGAUGACAAGCGAGGAUCGAUGGUUGGGUCGUGUCCAUCCUUGGAUGAUGAUUUGGCCUCCCACAUUCCCUGCGCUCAAGGAUGGUCCUGCAAGGUUUGUCUUUUGGCCUUUGGGUGAUGUUAUUGUAUUUUGUUUUUGUGUGGUCGCAUU